AUGGUGAUGCGAUCGAGCCUUCCGAGGCGCCUUAACCUCGGUCGCUCGGCCAAUUUCCUCAGACGAUCCUACUCGACCCCGAGCAGGCUAUCGCCCGCGAGUGCUCCGAGGUGUUCCGCGUCAACCUUCGACCGCCUUCUCCUCUCCGCCCCCCGGACCCAGCGAGCCGCUGCCCAGUUCUCGACCUCGACAUACCGCCUAAAGGACGAAGACAACAGCUUCUUCGACCGUGCUGUUGAGCCAUUGUCCGAGGAGGAACAAAAGGCCAACCUUAAGCACCAACGCGAGCUCGAGGAGAAGGAGCUGACCGAGGCGAAGAGCUCUAGCUCCGAGUCAUCCGCCAAAAAUGAAGGCUCGGGAGGAGCACAAGAUGGAAAGGCCGGCAGUGCGGCGGGCGGCUCAUCGGCGGGCUCUGGAGGUGGUGACGACAAGGGCGACGGCAGCGGCCGUAGGGGACGCAAGUCCUCGGACAAGAGCUUGCAGAAGCCCGUCGUGCCGGACGUGUACCCCCAGGUUCUGGCCAUCCCCAUCGCGAAGCGACCGCUGUUCCCCGGAUUCUACAAGGCUAUCACAAUUAAGGAUCCCAAUGUAGCCGCUGCCAUCACCGAGAUGAUCAAGAGAGGCCAGCCGUACGUUGGCGCGUUCCUCUUCAAGGACGAGAACCAGGACGAGGACGUUAUCCGUAAUGUGGAUGACGUCUACGACGUUGGUGUAUUCGCACAAAUCACGAGCGCCUUCCCCAUGCAUGGGGAGCAGGGCAGUCUGACAGCAAUUCUGUACCCUCACCGCCGUAUCCGUUUGUCCAGCCUAUUGCCUCCUGGAACCGAGGAAAAGAAGGCAAGCGAGGCCAAGAUCGAGCCCGUCCCCGAGCCGAUACCCCCGAAGCCCACAGAAGAAGAGGCGCAGGCAGAUAAGAAGGGCGAUGUCGUUGCAAGCUUUGAGGAGAGUGCCGUAGCACCCAAGCCGGACCAGGCCGCCGAGAAGUACGAGCCCACCGCCUUCCUUAAGAGAUACCCCGUCAGUCUCGUUAAUGUCGAGAACCUGACCGAAGAGCCUUACGACCCCAAGAGCGCCGUCAUCCGAGCCGUGACCAACGAGAUUGUCAAUGUCUUCAAGGAGGUUGCAACCAUGAACAGCCUCUUCCGGGACCAGAUCUCGACAUUUUCCAUGAGCCAGUCGACCGGCAAUGUCACCUCCGAGCCCGCUAAGCUUGCCGACUUUGCUGCCGCAGUGUCUUCGGGCGAGCAGGGUGAACUACAGGAAGUUCUUUCCAGCCUUAACGUCGAGGAGAGAAUGCAGAAGGCCCUGAUUGUUCUGAAGAAGGAACUCAUGAACGCCCAGCUGCAGUCCAAGAUUACCAAGGAUGUUGAAAGCAAGAUUACUAAGCGCCAGCGCGAGUAUUGGCUGAUGGAACAGAUGAAGGGCAUCCGGCGUGAGCUGGGCUUGGAGUCUGACGGAAAGGAUAAGUUGGUCGAGAGGUUCAAGGAGAAGGCUGAUAAGCUUGCGAUGCCCGAGGCUGUACGCAAGGUGUUUGACGACGAGAUCAACAAGCUUGCACACCUCGAACCUGCUGCCUCUGAGUUCAACGUGACUCGGAACUACUUGGACUGGCUUACGCAGAUUCCCUGGGGACAGCGCAGUGCCGAGAACUUUGGUAUCAAAAACGCCAUGACGGUCCUGGAUGAGGAUCACUAUGGAUUGAAGGAUGUCAAGGACCGUAUCCUGGAGUUCAUUGCAGUGGGCAAGCUCCGCGGUACCGUUGAGGGCAAGAUUAUCUGCUUUGUCGGUCCUCCCGGUGUUGGAAAAACAUCUAUCGGAAAGUCUAUCGCCCGCGCCCUGAACCGCCAAUACUACAGAUUCAGUGUAGGUGGUCUCACUGACGUGGCUGAGAUCAAGGGUCACCGACGUACUUACGUGGGAGCUCUGCCGGGUCGUAUCAUCCAAGCCCUGAAGAAGUGCCAGACCGAGAACCCCUUGAUCUUGAUUGAUGAAAUCGACAAGAUUGGCCGCGGCUACCAGGGUGACCCGUCUUCUGCCCUGCUUGAGUUGCUCGACCCUGAGCAGAACAGCUCCUUCCUGGAUCACUACAUGGAUGUUCCCGUCGACCUGUCCAAGGUCCUCUUCGUCUGCACAGCCAACAUGACCGACACUAUUCCGAGACCCCUUCUUGACCGCAUGGAGUUGAUCCAGCUGUCUGGCUACGUUGCCGACGAGAAGAAGGCCAUCGCCGAUAGAUAUCUCGCCCCUGCCGCCAAGGAGGCCGCGGGUCUGAAGAACGCCGACGUCAAGCUUAGCGAGGAGGCCAUUGAGGAGCUCAUCAAGUCUUACGCUCGUGAGUCUGGUGUUCGGAACCUCAAGAAGCAAAUCGAGAAGGUUUACCGGAAGUCCGCUCUCAAGAUCGUGCAGGACCUCGGCGAGGAGGUACUCCCCGAGAAGGAGGCUUUGACUGAGGACGGCAAGGAGGCCCUCGAGGAGUCGGAGAAGAAGACUGAAGCCGCUCGUGAGACUGGUGAGCAGCCGGCCGAGACCGCCGCCACCGAGAAGCCUCGUGUCGCUCUCAAUGUCCCGGACACUGUUCACGUUACCAUUGGCAAGGAGAACCUCGUCGACUACGUCGGCCCCCCCGUCUUCACCUCUGACCGGCUCUAUGAGGUCAACCCUCCCGGUGUUUCUAUGGGUCUUGCCUGGACUCAGAUGGGCGGUGCCGCCAUGUACGUCGAGUCCAUUCUCCAAGCCCCUCUGCGGCCCAGCAGCAGGCCCGGCCUCGAGAUUACAGGUAACCUCAAGUCCGUCAUGAAGGAGUCGUCGACCAUCGCCUACUCAUUCGCCAAGGCCCUCAUGGUCAAGGAGUUCCCUGACAACCACUUUUUCGACAAGGCCAAGCUUCACCUGCAUGUGCCUGACGGCGCCGUCUCCAAGGACGGACCUUCGGCCGGUAUCACCAUGGCCACUUCUCUUCUCUCUCUUGCUCUCGAUACCCCUGUCAACCCCACCGUCGCUAUGACGGGUGAGUUGACCCUCACCGGCAAGGUGCUCCGCAUCGGUGGUCUCCGUGAGAAGACUGUCGCCGCGCGCCGUGCCGGAUGCAAAAUGAUCAUUUUCCCCAAGGAUAACAUGUCGGACUGGCUCGAGCUCCCAGAGAACAUCAAGGAGGGCAUCGAGGGCAAGCCCGUCGGCUGGUACUCGGACGUCUUUGAGCUCAUCUUUCCCCAAGUCGACCGCGAGGCCGCCAACAAGUGCAAGGUCUGCGAGUGGAAGAAGGAGCAGGACGAAAAGAAGAAGAAGGAAAAGAAGAACAAGAAGGACGACUCUGACGAUGAGGAUGACGAUUAG